CAGAAGGCGGGCUCUCUGUGCUACUGCUGAGUCAGAAGCAGCUGAUGCGACUGAGCAACAACAUAACUCAUGAGCUGCUGUGAAGUUUGAUCACACGGAAGAACAGAACAAGGUGUAAGACAGGACGAGCUUCAUAAACGGAUAAAGGACUGCCGGCAUUAUGCUGCUUCUGUUGAGCAUCUUUUGUAUUUCCACAGCACUGGCAAAUCCUCUUCUUGGAGAUGAACAGUGUGCCAAAGGGUCAGCUUUCUGGUGUCAGAAUUUGAAAACUGCUGUAAAUUGUGGAGCUCUGAAACAUUGCCAGCAGACUGUGUGGAACAAACCCACUGUGAAAAGUAUAGAAUGUGACUUGUGUAAACAAGUGAUCACACUGGUGGGUAAUUUCAUCAAGGAAAAUGGCACAGAGACUGAGCUUCUGAGUUACCUGGAAAAGGCUUGUAGCUUGAUGCCUGAUCCAAGCAUGGCUUCUCAAUGCAAGCAGUUGGUUGAUGAAUACUAUCCUGUUAUUAUGGCCCUUGUUAAGGAAGAGCUGGAGAAUCCUGAGGCUGUAUGCAGGGCACUGCAGCUUUGUAAGUCCUUGCAGCAGGAACUGGUUAAUCAGGAACUUCAGACCAACAAGAUCACCGAAGCAGACUUCAGUGAAUUUGUGCCACCAUUCGUUGCCAAUGUGCCUCUGCUUCUUUUCCCCCAGGGAGAAUCAGAAACUCAGGAAUCAACUCCCGAGACUCAGAGCAAUGGAGAUGUGUGCCAAGACUGUGUGACAUUUAUCACAGAUGUUCAGGCAGAGGUGAAAAGCAACACCACUUUUGUAAACAGUAUGAUCGAGCAAAUUAUGAAGCAGUGCGAUAAUCUGCAAGAAAUGGCAGAAAUGUGCAAGCAGUACAUUAAACUCUAUUCCUCUAUGGUUAUCCAGAUGCUGGUUGAUCAGGAUAAGAAUCCUCGUGGUUUGUGUACUAAAGCUGGUUUUUGCCAGUCCAUGCCACUUGUGAGUCUCUUACCAGCCAAGGUUCUUAAGGCAGCUGAAGUGGUUCAGGCCGCUGAAUUGGCACCAGCACAGAACUUGCCCAAGACUAAGGCAUCACCAGUAUGUGAAGUGUGCAAGUUGGCGAUUGCUGAAGUUGACAAAUUGUUGGAAAAUAACAGGACAAAGGAGAAUGUGAUUAAUGCUUUGAAAAAGGUGUGCUCAAUUCUGCCUUCCAGUAUAGCAGCCGAGUGUGAAGACUUUGUCACUCAGUACGGAGAUGCUGUUAUAGAGCUUAUUGUGCAGGAGGUUGCCCCUGAUUCAGUGUGUUCAAUUCUUGGACUCUGCAGUUCACGAAAGCGAGUAAAUCUUGAACGUAUUAAUUUAGCCCAGGUCAAGUCUGGUGAACUCUGUCAGGUCUGCAAGUCUUUGGUGAUGUACCUUGAUACCUUCUUAGGGAAGAAUGCUACACAGGCAGAAAUAGAGGCUGCUUUGGAGAAAGUAUGCAAUUUCCUUCCAGAUACUAUGAAAGACCAGUGCGACCAAAUAAUUGAGGAAUAUGGACCGGUUCUCCUUCAGCUGUUAAUACAGAUGAUGGAUCCAGAGUUUGUUUGCACUAAGCUGAGUUUGUGUGCAGUUAGGAUGAACCUACUUGGCGCAGAGAAAUGUUCCUGGGGACCUUCGUAUUGGUGCAGUAAUAUGGAAACCGCUUCCAAAUGCAAUGCCAUUGAGCACUGUAAACGUCAUGUUUGGAACUGAAGUCUCCUCCAUUUAAGCAAGAUUGUACUGCAGAAAGUCUUUUUCUUCUAACAUUUAAAAUCGGGGAAAUAUACUGCAUUUUUUUUAGUUCAGAAAUUAUUGUAAUUUGGUCAUUUUUUGUGAUGCUUGGUCUUAAUAACUAUAGUUUGUUCACUGGACUUGGGCUAAUGGUUGACUAGGGGAUGGGAUUAAGCAGUUUGUAAAAUGUCAGUCUGAAUACCAGGACUAUGUAAAACUUCAGGCUGGCACUUGGGGAGGGGCACCUAAAUAUAAGGGUGUCUUCUAAUGCAAAGCUUUCCAGUGGAAUCCAGAAGAAUAUAAAUACCUUUUAAUGAAAAUGAUAGCAAAGGUAGACUUGCAAUUUAAAAAAAUAUAGAAUAAUGAAAUCUAAGACAGCAGCAGAUUGUUGGGUAGAAUUUUAAUUUAUUGGCUUUUUAUGUAAGAUAUGAAUCCAGUUAAUUCCUACAUUUAAUGGCAUUGGAUGCUCUGGGUAGGUGCAAGUGUGUAAAAUGUUUAUACUAUGUUUUCUCUACAGCUAACAGCCAUACAGUGCUUAUCUGUAUUGUUUCUGGAUCUACCAUUAAUGUGGAAUAGUUUUUGUUUUAAUAUGCUGCAUUUGAAAGUAUUUUUAAAUUCUUCGGUCCGAUCUGUUUGCACUGAAAUAAAAUACAGCUGAAAUCUUAA